AGGGGAUCCAGCGCACACGGAGAGAGCCAGGCCCCGGCGACUGCGAGCACACGACUCCACCGCCGCCGCCGGCGAGGGUUAGGACCUGUGGUCGCCGCCAAGUGGACUCCCAUGCGGCGGCGAUGGCGAGGAGAUCUACUGAUAGACCCUUCUUGAUGGCAAGGAAGAUUGCAGUACAUGGCCAAAUGAAUCGCAGUAAGUCGACUCAGACCAGCCACCUCCCUUGUGCUAAUGCUUUUUUCUGCACCCUCGGCGAGCAAUUUGCGGCCACCAAUGGGAAGAAUAGAGGGAAAAUGAGGAAGGAAACCAAGAAGGUCAAUGUAAGAUCAGCCUUCAUCAUUGAUAAUAGCACCCAUCGCGAUGAGUCUAUAUACAGAAACUCUUUUCUCCAAAAAAUAUGUGGUGUUACAAAUCGUGAUGAGACACAACUGGAGCCAAUGAUGUUAUCGGAUCCCAUUGAUUGUUUUCCUGACCGGGAAAGAUGUGCUGUGCAUUAUGUAUGCAACAUGAUGCAAAUAUUUUCGUUGAAGUUGGCUAAAGUUCCUGUGAUCACAAGCUCGGUACAACUAUAUGGAUAUAUAGCUGUGCGAGAUUGUCUGGAUUCAUUGCUAAAUUAUAUUUUCAAUCGUAGCAGGGACGAUCCCAUUACGGUUCAGCAGGGUUCUCUCAUUGAGAUGACUGGCCCUAAGAGGGGAAUCACAAUGACCUCUCCUGUUCUAGUUGAGUUUGACAUGAGGAUCAGGAAAGGAGAGCAAGAAGAAGAUGAUCUACAAUUAAUUGACGGUGCAAUAGACUGCGAACUAACCACACCUUCCCGUCCAUCCACUAACCGCAUUAAUGGCGAUUGUGGAGCAGUUGACAUCACUCUAGCCCGCGUUCCCGGUGCAGUGGAGGCCACUAUAGAUGUUGUUAUAUCAAAAGUGCAGAGUGGAUUCAAUUUAUCUCUGAGUUCGUUUGUGUUUGCCGGCGGGUCACAUCAGGGAAUCGAACUCUUUUGUGGGAUUAUCGGCGAGCCAUGUGGCUUAACAAGAAGAUAUGUGAUUGCUGUAGAGAUGGGUAGCUGGAUGUAUUUGAAGUUCAAUGUAGGUCAGAAAGGCUCUGAUAUGAUGAUGAUCUGGAACGUUAUUGCCGCUUCAAAGCAGCCAUCCAUGGAUGUGCCUGUCGACAGAUAAUACUUGAGCAUGCAUCUAUCUCGCUGAAGGUGACUUGGUCGAUUGUGCAAUAAAGUUGUUGGUGUUUGAUAUUCAAACUUUACUGGGAUUAUUUGGUCUUGCACUGGAUACAUGUCCACUUGGCACUGGGUGCAUCUAUCUCCCGCCGGCAUGCUCCACCUGCGCACUCUUGCGGCACAGCUAUCUCCAGUUCGUCCCAGAUGAGAAGGGAAGCAGAUAAUGUUGCAUGGUUCAUUCCUCGUACUCCCUCCGUCCCAAAAUUCUUGCCUUAGAUUUGUCUAAAUACGGAUGUAUCAAUACUGUACAUUUGCAUUUACAUUUGCUUGAAGCGUAAGAAGCUUCAUAUAGUCAAGGAUAGCACAGCUGCUCUGUGAAACAUCACGUACAAGACCAAUUGUCCUGCCCCUGUUUUUUUUUUUUGCAUAUACACCUCUGUGCGAACCUGCGGAGGAUGAUUAUUAGCAAACUGAAAAUAAGAUAAGGAUGUAGCUGCUCUGC